AUGGACACAGAACGUGUUUCAUUGCCACCCAUACAAUCCAUGCUCGAUGGACCGAAUAUAGCAUCCAACAAACCAAAAGAAGCCGUUGUUUUCAACACUACCAUCAAACAAACAUCUCCAUCUCCACCGCCAUCUCCAUUAUCGCCUUCUGCUGCUACGACCAACGAGGAGAAGAGUAUACCACAACGACGACGGCAGCUGCAUCAUCAACGUCAAUCUUCUUCGCCUGUGUUUUCAGUGGAUCGUCCUCCACUGACACACAUUACAACUACUACUACUACACAUAGCAUCACCACACAAGACAACAACAAUCAUCAUCAUCAUCGUUCAGCACGCCCACCUGCUGCUGUUGCUCGACAUCAUUAUCAUCAUCAUCGACGUGCAUACUCUACUGAAUCAUUCCUCGAUAAUACUACAUCCACCACAACACCCAUGUACAACAAGAAACCUGUAACCACGGCAACAGUGAUGAUGGAGUCCCAUGACCCCCAGCAACAGCAAAAUCAUCGUUAUCGAUGUCCGAUGUGUCCCAAGACCUUUUCACGACCAUCAUCACUACGAGUACACAUUUACUCUCACACGGGUGAGAAACCGCAUGCAUGUCCUCAUCCUGGUUGUGGACGUCGUUUCAGUGUGCAAAGCAACAUGCGGCGUCAUUUACGAGUCCAUUAUUGUUCUUCUUUUUCCGAUGAUCAGCAGCAACAGCAGCACCAGGAUCCAGAAGUGGAAAGAGCUUUGCAACCUAAAGGGGGUGCAGCUGUGGACCCCAUUCCUUCUCUUAUCCCUUCAUCCGAGCCAUAA